AUGUUUGAAAUUUAUCCCCGCUCCUGGAACUUUCUGCAGAUUUCUGGGGUGUCGCUAAACGUCGCGGGCCUUGUGGCCAUUGCAGAAGUUUCCGUUCUCGCCAAACGGACAACUCUUCUCGACAUACUCGUCCUUUGCCCUGGCAUCCAUCGACAACAGUCGGCAACUGAACUCCACAAUGGCGAGGCACCAGUAGUCGCCGCGCUGACAUCUGGACAUGUAUUCCGUGUUGAAAAUCCUGCCACGGUACUCUUCCUGCAGAAGAUGGGCGUUACCGGUCAUCUCACCUAUCUAAAAGUAACCCCAACCUUGGAAACAAAUACUAAACUCAGUCGGACAUUGACCCUUACAUCCUUUAGUUUCUCGAGCGUUCCAUACUUCCUUUACCCCAUUACGUCCCUAGCGUUUUCGCUCGCCUCUGCAAUGUGCUCGUCAUCCACCGACGAAGUACGAUUGGCUGGAAAGGCGCCUCCGAGCCUUGUGUUCAGGGCGAUCUGCUCAUUCUCCUUAGCCAAGAUCGCUGGAUUAGACUUCAGGGCGCGGUGGAAUGGCUUAAAGGCAGUGACGUCUGGUCAAUGGUUGCGCGACUGCUCUUUUCUCGAAGACUCGGCCACCGCGUUCGCGACAUUGCUUGUGUACACUGACGUCGCGCUCGUCAGUAAUGUCAGCAAAUCGGGACAGAUUUUAAUUCUAGCGCUUUUUGUCUUCUCAACUACACUACUAGCCUCGGCCAAUGCAAUGACGUCAGAACUCCACAUGCAUGGCAGGAGAAUCUCUGCGAUGGAGAAGUCAAUAAAGUAUGGCAGAAGGUUGGACAUGGCCAAUGACCUUAUUCGCGAGACGAAGCGGGACGAUUGGGCGUUGCUGUCCGCCAGUCUGAAGACGCGUCAACAAGCACGGCGGACGACGUAG